AUGCUUCCUCCUGGUUCCUUCUCCGAAUAUCUUGCUCUUUUAAACUUACGGCUGGACGCCGCGGAGAAGAUCACCUUGAAGCUGUUUUCGCUGGUCUGGUCGGAAUCCUUUGGCGCUCGCUUGGCGAUCAGGGAGAAAACCCAGCAUGCUCAGUGCGCGCAGUGCGUCAAGCACAAGCACAUACUGCGGCAUCUGCGUGGCGACCUGAAAGCUCGCAGAGGUCAGCAAAAGCUGUAUGCUGAGCACUUGGAGCGCCAAUACCGGGACCGCGUUGUCUAUUGGCGCGCGCGAAGCUGCAGCAGGCUGAAGACGCCUCUUCCUUCAAACCACGUGGUGGUGGCGAUGAUUCUGGAUGCGAUUGACCACUCUAAAUUCAAGUAUCCUCGCAGCAGAGUCUUCGCUUCCAAAGAGCUUUCCACGUAUAUUCGUCCUACAAUGGACGUCAUGGGAUGCCUUGUUCACGGCCACUCCUGCUUUUUGGCCCUGAGCGAGCCUUUCCUACCGAAGGGUAGCAGCUUCUGCGCUGAUCUGGUUCUUCACUGCUUGCACCGGCUGGCCAGACACGGCCUGGACCUACGGGGCGUCGCUCUGCAUUUGCAGAGCGACAAUACGAGCAAAGAAACGAAGAACAACACAUUAUUACGUUUAUCCGCCCUGCUGAUUGCACUUCACAGACUGAAAAAUAUUGUUUUGUGCCAGCUGGAAAGCGGACACAGCCACGAGGAUAUUGACCAGUGGUUCUCUGUGAUUACCAGCGUGCUCCAGACCCACCACGAAAUUCACACACCUGCCCAAUUCGUGGAGGUGCUCAACAAGUGGCUGCGGGACCCUUCCACUCGAGUGCACGAGACCACUGAGAGACAUGCUUUUUUGGUCGAGUCAACGCGAGAUUGGAAGACUUUCCUUGCGGCUGGCUGCAAGAGCAAUCAUUUGGUAGGCGUGGGAGGCCCUGGCGCGCCCCAUGUCUUUGCAUUCGACCGUCGCAGUGAUCUAGGCCUUGAAGACGAGGAUGUUGAUUCUCGCUUUUGGCAGCGUCUUGGGGCCACGCCACAUCCCUCAGAUGUUGUUCUCAGGACCAAACAGUACAUGUCCGACCCGGACAGUUCCUACAGCCGUCCGAUCUUGUACCUCCCGUACGCUGUUGCGGUAGAGCUGGCGCAGCAGGGAGCUGUCCCAGAAGGCCAAUUUUAA